GUUUGAAAGAAUCAGAAGCUACAACAUUCAAAGCAAUGAUCAUAAAAAAUUUCGAAUACUUGGUCAACCAGAUUGCUGAUCAAUCCCAAAGAUCAAAAGUUCUUCAAGUGCCACUUAAAAGUCAAGAACAUAUUUGAUAUCACUCAUUUAUCACAUGAAACUAAUUUUAAGGUCAAACUAAAUCAAAAUUAUAUUUUUAGCUUCCGUUGUUGAUAUUUUCUAAGGUCUUCGAUAAGGAUCAAGUAGCAAAGAAAAUUCCAGGUUUAAUUAAAAAGCUAUAAAAAUAUCAAUUGAUAAGAUAAAAGAAUUGGCAAGUCAGUAAAAUACGCAAAAUGUCUCACGAGCAGUUUACGCUCGAUUGUUGCUUGUUAUCAGCUACAAUAAUAAAUUUCGGUGUCUUUAAUUAAGACUUUGGAAUUUUCUAUUGUGUGAUCACAACAAAAACAUGUCGUGUGCUUAUCAGAUCUAAUACCUUAAAGUAAGUAGUUGUUUGAUAAGAAACAAAAUUGGCAACAAACAAAAUAUUAAUGGAUAUUUCAUCAUGGCAGGAAAUGAAUUGUUUCCGCAAACUUAGUUUUUGGAUGAUUGAUCGAUGUCAGGUGAUGAAAUCAAGGACUGAUAGAAGGACCUAAACAAUGAAAGACAUAUAGACAAGUAUACAGUGUAAGGACCUGACAGCCAUAGUGCCAGACAACAAAAAACUCAGUCCAAAAAACUACCAAACAACCAGAAAACCGAAAAACCAGACAUCCAUACAACCAAACUGUAGAACUAUCGACAAACAUUAUCCUACUAGUCCACCCCACGUCGUCAAAAGUAUUAUUCCUCAUGGCACACAUUCCAACAAAUUGUUUGAGUUUAGCGAUAAAAGUUAUUUUAAUGUGUUUACUGUUCAAGGCUUAAUACUUGACUUUGAAGUCUUUCGUAGGUCGUUUUUCCAAGAAAAAGAGAUCAUUUACCGUAAAAAAUAACUGAUAAGGUUAAAAAACCACAACUUUAUACAACCACAAAAGUCUCGAAUCAUCAAACAUUUCCAAUAUUGUGAACAACAUCAACGCCUCAUUUUCUAAUUUUACUCAACCUUUUUCAUCCAUUUUAAGUAAAACUAUCAUGAUUCACAGCCAAUAAAGCCCUCACAAGCCCUUUAAAGCGUUAUCUAAAAUGAAAAAUACAUCAAACUAUUUAAACGAAAUCAACCAAUUGUCAUCGAGUCCUACACUUGAACUUGUCUUAUCAGCAAACAUUUUAAACUAUUUUCAAAUUAGACCGCUUGGUAGACUUAAUGCAUCACCUAGGAGUGAUUGUUUAGGAGUCCCAAACGGAGCACAACUGCCACACCCUGUUAACUGCAAUCAAUUCAUUCUUUGUGAGAACAAUAUCGGAUUGACACUCACUUGCAGAUCAAGUCAUCCACAUUUUGACAGAUGCAGUGGACGAUGUGUUGAUGAUAUUUUGGUUUGCAUGAUUACCGAUUGCAAUGGAGCUCCAACUCCACCUCCAACUCCAACUGACCCACCAACUGACCCUCCAGUCACGCAACCACCAACAACUCCAGAAAUACCGACAGUAUCAACAGAAGGGGUAACAAUAGAGCCAGAACCAACGACAACAACGCGUUUUGUUGUUCCAACUGUGCCUUAA